CUCUGUCUCUGUCUCUCUGUCUCUCUCUCUCUCCCCACAUGCACACACACACAGACCCCUCGAAUUGAUAGACAUUUUUUGCUAGUAGUGAUGACAAAUUUCUGAGAAGUUAGUGGUAGAUAAAUAUGAAAGCACAUUGCACUCUUUAUCUAGCUCACAGGUCAAUUUUAUGUCAUUUUGACAUAAUUUUUAAUGGGCUAUUUUCUCCAUAUACUUUUAAUUUUGUGACCCUGGUCUAUGUUGGUCAUUGUUGUUAGAAUCUGAUUGCCUCCUGGAAAAAUGAAUAUGGCUACACACUUUCUCGUGUGUAUCACACUUUUGGCUUACUUCUUGGUUGUUUUAUUACUGGCUUCACUGCUUCUGCUUGAAAAAGAAAGUCCAUAGAUUGGCAUUCUAGUGGGUGCCUUGGGCAGCAAUUUCUGAACCAUACCUUCUUUUGAAAUUUUGUUCCCAGCUGGAGACAUGUCACAGUUGUCUCAGCUUUUGACUCUGACUUUUAGUGAGAGAUGCAAAGAAUAGGAAAAUAUGAACACUUUCUAGAAGAAGCAGUAAGCAAUUGUAUGCACAUCUGUUGACUUACUGCUCAAGAUUCCAAAGCAUUUAAAAAUAUUGAUUAAACUUCAACCUGUUGGGAAAUUGUUGCCAUAACUUUCAUUUUGCCCCUAGAUUUGCUGAGGCUUGGAGCUGUGCUUCACUUGCUGAGUCUUGUAUUAUGGCCAGAAAGAGACCUCAGGAGCCCCAUUCCCCAGGUUCUUAUUAGCCUUGACAAGAGUGUUGUUAAAAUUGCAGGCUCCUCACAGUCACAAAGAGAUGCAGUUUCUUGCCAUUUCAAUGCAAAAUCUAAAACAAUCUAUAUAUUUUGCCUUCUGAAAUACAUUCUUGGAUAAUAUUAAUAGAUCAGGCUCUGCUGUCUUUGAGAAGACAAUUUCUUUUGUUUGCAGUUAUUAAUCAUGUUCUUUUUCCCCCUUCUCUUUGCUGUAUUUAUUUUGACUUUAAUGUUGGCUAUAACUUUAAACAAACAAAUGAAAAACCCAGACAUUUUGCAGAUUUAAAGUUUUAUUGUGAACCACUACUUAUUUUAAAUGGUAUGUCUCAGGGGAGAAAUAUAUGGAGAAUUGUUGGAAGUUCAAAAUUUUUAGUUAGUAAUUAUCACCUACCAUUAGAAACAAGUGCAAAUCACAUGAUGUUAAAGUGAAUCUAUCACAUACUAUAAUCAAAGAUUAAUCAAAGUAAUUACCAGGCAAACAGGGAUUGAAAGAACUUAAAACCAAUUAAACUAUUUAUUUCAUCUGUACCACUGAAUAAACACUUUAGUAUUUUAAUUUGCUCCUCUUUUUAUUUGCUUCAGCAAUAUGUUUGCUAAUAUGACUGAGAUGCACAAUUGCUAUUUAAUUAACCUAUUUUUGUCAGCACCUCACAUGAGCUGUGUGAAGUAGAUGUGUCAAAGUCUCAAUAAUAAUGAGCCAGGUAAAAAUAGCAAACAUGAAAUUUGUGCUAGUCAUUUUACAAGGUAUGACGCAUUGCAACAAUAUCCAAGGAAAAAAAGAAACAGGUUUACUAUAUAGAAAUUGGAUUGAAGAUACUUACAAUGUUGAAGCAUCACAAAAUUACUCAAAAAUUUAGUAAAUUUUUUUAAAACAUAUAAUUGCACUGUUUCUUUAUUCCUCACUUUGCAUAUUGUUACUAUUAACUAUUGAUAAUAAAUCUGCUUGGGGCCAUAUAUUUAGUUUGGAAUAAUUGAGUUGAUAAUGGGCAGGGAAGGGUUUGGUAGAAUUUAUCUUUUACCAGAUCACAUAUCCUUUGGGAGAGCCACAUUUGUAGUUAUUGAGCAAGGCAUCAUGAAAUUGUUGCUCCAUUCCCUUUUUUAUUCCCUAAGACCAGUAUCAAAACCUUAAGACAGUGUGGAUGGUCUUGACCUCGACAACACAUUUUUCCACAAAAUAUAGCAUAACUGACCAUGUGAAGAGAAGCCCCACCUUUCUCUAAUUUGGGGAAGUAUGAUGCAGUGAUCCAAGUGAAACAUAAAAUACUCUUUCCACACAGAAUUCCAGAGCUCUAGUGAUUGACACCAUGAAGACAAAACAUUCUCAUUAGACUUUUGGCUCUACCUAUAGACGUUUUACUCUCAGGUAGACAGAGUUCGUGUGCAAUUAUAGAUAAAAUCAUUUUGUGCCCAACCUUUCUUCUUUUUUUCUACACAUUUAAAUUUUAUUCACACUUACUGAACAUGAUGCUUCCAGUUCUCUAAAACAGCUGCUUAGCGGCCAAUUGAUCAUGAGCCCCCAAAGGUAACAGAGAACCCCUCCCCCUCCAAUUUGGGCCAAUCAACAAAGCAUAACUUUAUUUCAUACCCAUUACCCAAGUUGCUGUUAUUAUGAGGUGUAAGCACCCUUUUAAUGGAGGGAUGCUAAUAGAAUGUCACGUACAAGGGUCCUCAGAGAUCCGGACCAAGGCUCCUAUUGUGCAGACCAGAAAACCUAGACUCAGAAAAGUGAAGUGUCGUAUUGUAGACCACCUGUUUUUUGCAGCAAGGUGAAGGUUAGAAUUCAUACUUCUGACUUUCUCAGUGCUCGCCCUUCUUUAUUACACAGGUUCUUUAUCUACUAGCUGUUCAUAUGUAGUAGAACUUUAAUCACAUGGGAGCCUUAUUUAUCGGGUACAUGUUAUAUUUUGUUACAUGCGCAGACUGUCCAGUGAUCAAGUCAGGGUACAUGGGAUGUCUGUCACCUUGAGUAUUUAUCAUUUCUUUGGGUUGGGAACAUCUCAAGUCCUCCCUUCUAGUUAUUUUGAAAUAUACAAUACACUGUUGUUAACUAUAGUCGUGCUGCUCUGCUACCGAACAUCAGAACUUACGCCAUCUAUCUAAUCAUAGCCUUUUAAUGAGUGACACAGGAGCUGAGUCUUCCUUUUUCUGAAAUGGAAUGUUUUAUAUCCCUAACCCAGACUUGCCUAACUAAGGUCAAAUUUACAUAAAUAAAUGUCUUCGGGGGCCAGCAGGUAGCACAUCUGGGCAAAAACGAGUGUGGCAACGUUUUGAUAAAGUGCAGAACACAUUCUGUUUGAAAACAUUCACAUUCAAAUUUUAUCAUCUCUGUUGCCAAACUAAGCAUGUCCACAGGCUACUAGUUUGUAACUCCUGCCUGCAACACCAUGCAGAUGGAGUGGAGUGUUCUUUCAGUUAUGCAAGGAGAAUCCACAUCACCAGCUCCUUUUAGAAUGUUAGAUGUCCCAAGUACCGAGCCAAACCCUCUGCCCCGGACUUCUAAUACUCAGUGAAGAAGCACAUUCUGGGGGGGCAUAUAAAAUGCCUCCAUAGAGACCAGCUGUAGUCCAGCCAAUCUCCCGGGAGAAUCAAUCUGAAAAGAAUAGACACGUGCACAUCACAUAAAAUCCAUAGGAAAAACCAUGCUGCUGCCUCUAACCUUCCUGGGAGAUGCUGAGAAACCCUAACAGACAAACCAAAUCACAGGGCAAGCCCACCAUGCGUACGGAACAACCAGCGUAAUUAUGUGCUGUGGUUGAGGAAUUACAUAAAUUGCCCAUUGGGAAAGAAGCCUUAAUCUCCACCCCUCCCCCGAAACCUCUGAACAGCUGCAUGAGUCUCCGUGUAUUUUCGAAAAGGUUGAACACAUUUGAUCGGAGAACCAACUUCAUUUCCUAAUCAGGUUGGAUGUGAGGAGAGCCAGUUUAGAGAUGUGUGCGAUUCUCCCGGUGUGCGUCUUUGAUUCAUGUGCUAAUUAUGUCGAUCCUUUGGGGAACGCAGCCAGGAAGCUGGGUCCUCCUUGAUUAAUGCUGGCAGAGAGCCAUGCAGCGCGCAGCGGAGAGCAGUUCAGCAUCUCUAGUCCCAGCUGAGAAUAUGGUCCCAUUAUCUCCCAGCUGCCUAAGCAAUCCAUAAGGGCCUGUUCUGCGUGGAUGAUCAGUGUAGUGGAAGCAGGGGCUUGCUGAGAGCAGGAAUCUCUGUUUGAUUUGCUGUAACAUGUAAAGCGAAACUGGGACAUUUUACUUUACAGUCUGUAAGUACCAGGUUUUCUUCCCCCCCCCCUUCUCCCUACAGCUCCAUGUGAAUGUGACUUUGCAAGCUGCAUUUGAUUUUCUGUUCCAUUGCUCUUUGUUGAAUCAAGCUGGUGUGAUAAGAGUAUAAUCUGUUUGGAGCUUGCUGUUUCUGUCAGAUCUCUUACAUAAUUGAUUCAUACAAGGGAAUAGGGGGUCUUUCUGAAUGCUUUUAUAGAAGUUAAAAAUUAUUGGCUUUGUUUUUAAUUUGGGAGCAUGGUUGCACUAUCUGUGGUGCCCAGGGAGAUUAGAGGAUAUAUGUAUCUUCUUCUGUACCUAUGGCUGUUGCAGGACAAAUAUUAAAGGUUGUACAGAACUUAAAGGAAACAACGAUUCUAUUCACUUGUUAUUGGACUUGAAACUCCUUUGACCUCGGAAACUGAAGAUGAGGUUGCCAUGGGAACUGCUGGUACUGCAGUCAUUCAUGUUGUGCCUUGCAGAUGACUACACGCUGCAUGGCCCAAUUUUUAUUCAAGAACCAAGUCAUAUAAUGUUCCCUUUGGAUUCGGAGGAGAAAAAAGUGAAGCUCAAUUGUGAAGUGAAAGGGAAUCCAAAACCUCAUAUCAGGUGGAAGUUAAAUGGAACAGAUGUUGACAUUGGUAUGGAUUUCCGCUACAGUGUUGUUGAAGGCAACUUGUUGAUCAAUAACCCCAAUAAAACCCAAGAUGCCGGCGCCUACCAGUGCGUAGCAACAAACUCGUUUGGAACAAUUGUUAGCAGAGAAGCAAAGCUCCAGUUUGCUUAUCUUGAAAACUUUAAAACGAGAACGAGGAGCACCGUGUCUGUCCGUCGAGGUCAGGGAAUGGUACUGCUCUGCGGCCCACCACCUCAUUCUGGAGGUAUCUAUAAAUGCGCCCACAUGCACUCUUCACCGACUGCUGUUUUUCUUGCUCCAUGUUCUCCUUGACACCAGCUGAGCAGGCAGUGUCCUUUAUAGAGAUUCCCAAAAUCCUUCUAUGUGUGAGAACCAUUGCGAAUGCCUCCCGUAAUUAGGACAGGAAAAUAUCCAGUUGUGCAAAUGUUCCAACCCACUGCUGUCUCCCUGGCACAAGGGGAAAGACACCUGAGUCCAUCAAAAUCGGAAUCCUGUUGCUUGGGAAAGCUUUGUAGCUUAAGCCACCAGCACUUCCAACUUGGUUGGGUUGAAAAAGAUGGUCCAGCUUCAAGAUCUCAUCUCAGUGUUGGUCUGGGAAUGGCCUGUGAGCUGUUGCUGCUACUCACAGUACUUUUGAUGCCAACGAUAUGGGUUUUUUUCCCACACCAACAACCAAUUUCGCAACCCUCUGGUCACCAGCUGGCUGUCCAGUGAUUCAGUUCCACCCUGGAACUAACUACCUCAGCGUUAGUGUCAGACCUCACAUGGGUGGAGGCUCAGCCCCACACUCAGCCUCCACUUCAGAUGCCAGUCACAAGUCCCUGGCCUCCUGUACUUCUGCCCAACUGGCUAUAACCCUCGAGGUCCCACAACCCCCUCCUUGGGUUCCACAAUUUGUCAGAAUGGCUCCCAGAACUCAGGGGAACCAGUGUACUGACCAUACCGGCUUAUUACAAAGGGCGCAUAUGAUCAGCCAGAUAAAGACUUACAUAGGGAGAGGUCUGGAAGGGUUCUGAGCACAGGAGUUUCUAUCCCCGUGGACCCUCCCAGCACAUGGAUAAGCUCAUCAACCCAGGAGCUGUCCAAACCCUCUCAUUUAGGGUUUUUAUGGAGAUUCCACUAUGUAGGCAUGAUGGAUUGAAUCUUUGGCCAUUGUCACCAAUGUACUCAAUUUCCAGCCCCGCUCCCCUCCCCAGAGGCCAGGGAUCGGGGGUACAGUGGGAGAAGUGGCAGCUGAAAUUUCCAACCCUCCAAUCACAUAGUUGGCUCCUUUAGCACCUGGUUCCCAUCCUGGAGCUCUCUAGGGACCCACCAAGAGUCUACUCAUUAGCAUAAACUCAGGUACUGUGUUUCCCUGAA